CCUUUAUCAAAAUGAACUUUGUGCGAAGGAAACUUGAAGAGGGUUGCCGAAAUCGAAUUUGUGUGGGCUUGUGACGUUGCAUCCGGCCCUCAUACCCACGUCUGAAAACCAACCAUCCACGGCCGAGGUGAUCACCGUGGGCCACCGAAUUCAAUCCACGGAGAUUUGGGCCACCGUUGUCGCCAUGGGCCAGACGGAACGGUGCCAAUAAACAGUAGUAAAGCCACCAACAGUCCGGCAAUUUUGCAGGAUUCGCUUAUCGCUUCGAGUUCAAAGAUGGUGGGUGGAAUUUGCACCUGGGCAGCAACCAAUUAUCACGCAAUUCAUCUGUUGGAUUCUAUUCUAUUCUAUUCUACCCCACGACGUUGGUGCUUUGGGGCAGCCUUAGUUGGGGCGGAUACCGGGCAGCUGUGGGCUUUGCUGCAACAGGAUCUGGAAACCCGGCCUAAGGUGCAAGACUAUCUAGCUCCUCCUAAGGUCUGCUGUCAACAGCUUUCUACUCCAUGAAAACACUUGUCGAGUUAGAGCCGGGU